GUGUGUCUCUCCAGGGGGUGGCACCGGGGACAGCCCUGCCCCGGGCGGUGGGACACAGGCACGGAGGGCUCCACGGGAACCGGAGCCGGUGCCCUCCGUGGGGCUGCAGCCGGGGCUCUCUCCCCCCAAUCCCCUCUUGCAGUGUAGGGGGUGUCCUGCAAAUCCCUCCGGAGCGCAUCCCUGCCGGCACCCUGCGAUGGCCCCGGGACCUACUGCCUUCCCGCAGCCAGCCAGAGAGGAGAAGCCAGUGGGGACGGCCAGGAAGGGAAACUAACCCCCCAUCCAUGGCACGGGGCAACUGGCCGGGGCUACCGGAGAGCAGCCCAGCCCCAGGGGCCUGCAGCCAUCCCUCGUGCCCCCGCCACGUACAGCGCUGCCUAGGAGGCUCCCGGUGAGCCCCAGCCAUGUAGGUGCAGCCCAGGGCUCUGCCGAUGGCCACUGUCAACAUGCAGCAGGGCUACACGGCCGUCCUGUGGAUCCUGGCUGUGCUGGGAAUGGAGGCCACUGCGCUGGGUGAAUGCGAGCUCACCCGCCUGCUCCAGGACAAGCUGCAGUAUGAGAUGCGCCUGCAGUACAUGAAGCACUACUUCCCCAUCAACUAUGUGGUCCAGGUCCAGUACGAGGAGGUGCUGCGGCCAUCCAACAUCACCCGCUUGCGCAAUGGGACAGUGUCGGAGGUGGCACUGCGGUACCUCUGGUUCCACGUGAGCUCCCAGGCUGUGCUGCGGAUCCGCGAGGUGCUGCCAGAGAAGCACCCAUCCUGGAAGUACACACAGGAGCUCUGCCAGCUCUUUGAUGCCCUGGGCAAGGAGUACAGCAAGUACCAGCAGUCAGACGUGGAAGAGGUGGUGGCUGACCUGGUGAAGCUGAUACACAGCGCAGGCGUGGAGAGCCGGAAGAAAGCCGUGCGCCCCAAAGCACUGCUGGACAACUGCCUCAAGGUCAUGCGGAUGCUUUACGGGGCACCCUGUCAGUGGGAGUCCACCUAAUGCUGCAGAAGACCCCUUGCUUGAUGCCUUCUCCUUGCCCUAGAGCUUGGGAUGCUGCUUCUGCUCUGCCUCCCCAGCAGAUCCUUUUUGGGUUCCCAAAGAAGGAUAAAAGGGGGAAAAAACACCACCCCUUCCAGGACUGUGGGACUGCGCACAGCCAUGGGGUUGACCCCAUCCAAAAUGCCAGUCACCUUCUGCAGGGGUGUGGGCUGGGGGGGGUUGGACAUCACCCCGUUUCUCUUGGUUUGUAUUUUUCCCUCAGCUUUCGUUAAACACCAGUUAAUUCUCUAGCUUUACAGCUUCCAACCAGGUCCCAGGAUCCUCCAAUCUUACCCAAAAUAAAGGACCAGCAGAGAACAACA